UCUCUCGCGUGGCUUUAAAGUCUUCUUCUUCCUCCUCUUCUAAUCUUCUCUCUAGCUAAAGCUAAAGCUAGUUUUGUUUGUUUUUAAUAUCACAAUAUUCACACACACCCUUUAACCUCCACUCACUCAAUAAGAACAACCCAUUAACCCCAGAACAAAACCAAAACAAAACAAAACCACCACCAAACCCCAAACACCCUUCUUUUUUCCGCUCCCAAAACAUUAAUGGCACCACUCAUCAUCAUCACCUUCACGAUCUUAAACCCCCUCAAAUACUCAUAAAUACCAAAUCAAGCAAAUCAAUCAGAGCAAGCAAAUCAAUUAAGAUUGCCCCCAAUUCAGAAAUAAAAGAACCUCUCUCGAGAGAGAGAAAUGAAUGCGACAACAAACCCUACUGGUGGUUGCUCUGGCGGCGGUGGGGGGAGCAGUAGUGGAGGCAGCGCCGGAGGAGGAAACGCCGGACCGUGUGGCGCGUGUAAGUUCUUGAGGAGGAAGUGCGUGGCGGGAUGCAUAUUUGCACCCUACUUCGAUUCGGAGCAAGGGGCAGCUCACUUUGCGGCGGUGCACAAGGUGUUCGGAGCCAGCAAUGUCUCCAAGCUUCUUCAUCAUAUUCCGGCUCACAAGCGGCCAGACGCCGUCCUCACUGUUUGUUUUGAGGCUCAAGCUAGGCUCAAAGAUCCGGUCUACGGCUGUGUUGCUCACAUCUUUGCUCUUCAACAACAGGUGGUGAAUUUACAAGCCGAGAUCUCAUACUUGCAAGCCCACCUAGCAACAAUGGAGCUUCCAUCACCUCCUCCGCCCCCUCCUCCACUAAUCGCUCAACCUCCACUCUCCAUUGCAGACCUUCCUUCGGCCCCCAUGCCCGCAACGUAUGAUUUGUCCUCGCUUUUUGAACCCAUGGUGCAGCCAACUGCUUGGGUCAUGCAACAGCGCGCGCUGCUGCACAACCAACAUCAUCAGUUCGCAAGCGGUUCUGGUGGUUCCUCAUCGAGUGGCGGUGGUGGUGGCGAUCUUCAAGCUUUGGCUCGUGAACUGCUCUACAGGCAUACUGGUUCUCCGUCGGGGUCGGUGCCGUGCUCUGAGGCUUCACCAUCUCAGUCUAUGUCCAAAUGAGACUGAUGGCCGAGCUAAUUGAUCAAUUAAAUUUAAGAGUACUUGCCUGAUGAUGAGGUGUAUGUCGAUCAUAUAUAUUAGCUAGGUUGUUUCAAUGGGCAAGUAAUGUUCAUUAGU